GUGCAGUAUGGAGGAAUGUGGUUUGUGCAGGUUUUGAUGAAAAAGGGAGUGUCAGCCUCUAAAACUAGCAGGGAGAAGCAGAGACAGUGUUCACACCUGCUGUUCAGCAAACCAGAUCAGACCUUGACAGAAAUACAGCCAGGAAUAAUUUCAGAGAGGAAAAAGUUGCACGCCACAAUGUCCAUAGCAAGCGGCACCACGGAGGAGAAACGAAAAAUCCAGCUCUUCAUCAAGGCCAGUGAUGACGGUGAAAGUAUUGGGAACUGUCCAUUCAGCCAAAGGCUAUUUAUGAUCCUCAUGCACAAAGGAUGCCCCUUCACCCUGACCACAGUGGACAUGAAGAGGGCACCGGAUGCCUUAAAAGAAUUGGCGCCGGGGUCACAGCCUCCGUUUCUCCUCUACGACACCGAGGUCAAAACAGACACCAAUAAAAUCGAAGAGUUUCUGGAGGAGAUCUUGGUGCCCCCAAGUUAUCCUAGCAUGACACCUAAAUACAAGGAAUCCACCACAGCAGGGAAUGACGUUUUCCAUAAAUUCUCUGCAUACAUCAAGAACCAAUUACCAGCCCAUGAAGACCAUCUACAAAAGAAUUUGCUGCGCUCAUUUUUACUCCUAGACCGUUACAUGUGUACUCCACUACCACAUGAGUUGGCCAAGAACCCCAAAAUGACCGAAUCACAGAGGAAGUUCUUGGAUGGAGAUGAACUGACACUUCCAGACUGUAACCUCCUGCCUAAACUCAACAUCAUCAACACGGUUUGCCAUCACUUUCGCCAUUUCGACAUCCCCAGAGACCUGAAGGGUUUAUCUCGCUACCUGAACAACGCAACACAGCUGAAGACCUUCACGUACACCUGUCCAAACAAAGACGAGAUCAUACUCUUCUAUCGCUCUGUGGCAAAACCAUUGCCACGCUGAGGGCCUUCCAUACAAAGCUUUGAACUCUUCACCGCUGCAUCCAGUGUGCACGGUGCAGGACUGUCAUCACCGUCCUAUUACCUUCUUUGGCUACAAAGACAGUUGUGUUGCAAGAGCGCCCUCUACAGCUUUCGGUAUGCAGUAUCAAACAAUGGUAUAAAACACAGGAGUAGUCCUUGUACAGCCAAGCAAUGUUAAUAUCGUCUUCCAUGGAGAUAAUACAAGCAGACCUGUCUUCAUUCAAGUAAAAAGACUUUAUUGAUUCUGUAUACAUUCAAUAUUAAAACAGUUACAAAAAAUAAACUAUUGUCCGGGGGGGGGGGGGG